GUCCCUGCAUUACUCUGGACUCUGCUCAGCUCUCACAAACGACACGACCACUGUUCUACCGUAACUCGAUUCUCGACGAUCGUCUUCCAUCGGCCACCGGCAAAUGGCCCCCUGUUCCGGUACUCUCCGACUAGACAGUCUCCUCGGUUCGACUUUCUGGAGGAGACCGUCAUCGGAUUCUCCUCCGCUCGGUUCUUUGCCUCCGCUUUCAUCAGCUUCUCUCCGGCUCCGCGCACCUAAGUUUCCUCUCAAAACGAGGUUGUUUUCGAUUCCGCAUUCACGUUUGUUCAUCUGUAAUGCCUCUUCAUCCUCCACCACCGUUGCCGAACCGGAAGGCAUCAAGGUUAGUUCUGUGCCGACCAAGCCGAUCGAAGGGCAGAAAACCGGGACUAGUGGACUUCGGAAAAAGGUUAAAGUUUUUAUGGAAGACAAUUACCUUGCAAAUUGGAUACAGGCACUGUUUAAUUCAUUGCCACCAGUGGAUUACAAGAACGGGGUAUUGGUUUUAGGAGGUGAUGGUCGUUAUUUUAACAAAGAAGCUGCACAGAUAAUUAUCAAAAUUGCUGCAGGAAAUGGUGUUGGAAAAAUUUUAGUUGGCAAAGAGGGUCUUAUGUCCACGCCAGCUGUUUCUGCAGUGAUUCGGAAGAGGAAGGCCAAUGGUGGAUUUAUUAUGAGUGCUAGCCAUAAUCCUGGAGGUCCUGAAUAUGACUGGGGUAUCAAGUUUAAUUACAGCAGUGGACAACCUGCUCCUGAGUCCAUCACUGACAAGAUUUAUGGAAACACGCUCUCUAUCUCUGAGAUUAAAAUGGCAGAGAUACCUGAUGUUGAUCUUUCUCGUCUUGGAGUUACAAAGUAUGGGAACUUCAGUGUUGAAGUUGUAGAUCCAGUUUCUGACUAUUUGGAAGUGAUGGAGAGUGUAUUUGAUUUCCAGCUUCUCAAAAGUCUUCUCUCAAGAUCAGAUUUCGGGUUCACAUUUGAUGCCAUGCAUGCUGUUACUGGUGCAUAUGCAAAACCUAUCUUUGUGGACAAGCUAGGAGCCAAACCGGAUUCCAUAUCAAAUGGAUUGCCACUUGAGGAUUUUGGACAUGGUCAUCCAGAUCCUAAUCUUACGUAUGCUAAGGAUUUGGUCAACAUUAUGUACAGCGAGAAUGGACCUGAUUUUGGAGCUGCAAGUGAUGGCGAUGGCGAUAGAAACAUGAUUCUAGGCAAAAGAUUUUUUGUUACUCCUUCAGACUCAGUUGCCGUUAUUGCUGCCAAUUCACAAGAAGCCAUUCCAUAUUUCAAGAGUGGUCCUAAGGGUUUAGCACGGUCUAUGCCAACAAGUGGUGCCCUUGAUUGUGUUGCUGAAAAAUUGAAUCUUCCCUUUUUCGAGGUUCCCACAGGCUGGAAAUUUUUUGGAAAUCUUAUGGAUGCUGGAAAGUUGUCAAUUUGUGGGGAAGAGAGUUUUGGCACAGGUUCUGAUCACAUUCGUGAAAAGGAUGGCAUAUGGGCUGUGUUGGCCUGGCUUUCAAUUAUUGCAUAUAGAAACAAAGACAAGAAACCAGGGGAGAAACUGGUUUCUGUCUCUGAUGUUGUCAAAGAACACUGGGCAGCAUAUGGGAGAAACUUCUUUUCUAGAUAUGACUAUGAAGAAUGUGAAUCUGAAGGAGCUAAUAAAAUGAUAGAGCAUCUUAGAAGUCUCGUCUCAAAAAGCAAGGCUGGUGAAAAGUAUGGAAAUUAUGUCCUUAAAUUUGCAGAUGACUUUGCCUAUACAGAUCCUGUGGAUGGAAGUGUUGCAUCAAAGCAAGGUGUUCGGUUUGUUUUCACUGAUGGAUCAAGGAUCAUAUUUCGUUUAUCCGGAACUGGAUCAGCAGGUGCAACCAUCCGAAUCUACAUCGAACAGUUUGAGCCUGAUGUUUCAAAACACAACAUGGACGCCCAAGAAGCACUAAAACCAUUAAUUGAUUUGGCAUUAUCUGUUUCCAACCUGAAAGACUUCACAGGAAGGGAGAAACCUACAGUCAUCACAUAGAGCACACAUCUCCCCCCAUCAAUCGAAGUGCUAUCUGCGUAAUGAUAAACUGAAGGUUGGGCCCUCCUUUCUUCCUGCCUCAAAUGAUCACGCAUGUUCUUUCAGCUUAGUUUUGCUUGUAUGCUAUCUAAUCUAUAGCAUAAUUAAACAAUAGAUCAUGCCAUGUAGUUCUUGCAAAAUAAAGUCACGGAAAUAAAAUAUCUCCCUCUAAUGCUAUUUUGAUGAAAAUUUGACUGAAGUAGAUUGCACAGAUAAGAGUGAGAUGCCUUCAUUGUAACUCAGGUUCAGUUGAAAAAUCAUUGAGCCCGACCUUUCCUAGUUUCUAAAUCUCACAUUCAUUUUUAUGAUUUCCUCUGAUCCCAUCCGAGUUCUACUGUUUUAAUCCCAACCCUGGUUCCAGUGGAGGCAAGACAGUUGCACGAUGUGAUGUGGUGGGGGUGGCGGGCUGUGGGGGGAGGGGGGAGGGGGUUGUGGUGGGAAGGAGGGAAUGCGGUACCGGCACGCACAGCAGUCCAUUUCAUGCCCAGGCCGUCCUGGUCAUGGGCUGGUUCUUGGGUUUGACCUGGUCCAGUCCCUAACAGGCUCGAUUGGGCCCGGCCCACUUUCCACCUCUGUUGCCCUCGUCUAUGAUAUAGGCUGAUCUAACUUUCAAUACCAAGUAGGCAAAUAGCAGGUCAGCCCUACCUUUAUGUUUAGUUGGAUCUUCUUACAUUUCAAGGACUGGAACAUGAGAUGGAUUAAGCCUCUGUUGUAUUGUUAUUGUUAUUUUAAUAUGGGAAAGUUUUGGGAAACGGAUAAAGGAUUUUCGGCUUG